GAGGAGCAAAGAUUUUCACUGAGAAACCUCCAUCCCUGUGUGAUCUCCUCUAACGGGAGAACUGAAGUGAUGGCGGGUUGCGCGGAGGAUUCGUGGAUUUUCGCUUGACAGGCACCAGAAUCUUCAGUUGGAUUAGUUGAUUGUUUUAUUUAUGGGGGAUUUGCAUUUACCUACUGAAAAAUGCCCUUUGCCAAACGGAUCGUUGAGCCCCAGCUGCUGUGCAGACAUGCCAUCCCUAAUGAUGAAGGGAUACUGUUCGAGGAUCUGUGCUCCAUCACCAAUGUGGCUCUAUCCCGGACCCUGCGGCAGCUCUCCGACCUGUCCAAACACGCCUGCUCCUUAUUCCAGGAGCUUGAGAACGAAAUAGUCUCCACAAACCAACGGGUUUGGGCUUUGCAGAACAAAAUAGGCAAAACCCAGCAAACCGCCAGUGCGCUGGAUCCAAAACUGGAGGCUGUGCCCAUAUCAAAUUUGGACAUUGAGAGUAAACUGACAUCACACUAUCAGACUCCAUGGCAUCAACAACACAACCUGUUCCACACUUGUACACGGCCACCAUGUCUGGAAGAGUUACACCGACAUGCCAAGCUCAACCUGCGGGCACUGCACAGAGACCAGCAGCAGCGUCAGCGUUCAACCAGCAGAGAGCGUGGUCGGGUCACCAUAUCAAUAUCUGUGGCCCCGCCUAUGCCAACCUUCCCUUCAACUCACAAACUCAGAAAGCGGGAGCAGAGGGGCCGGCACUCACGCCUGGAGAGGAGCGUUAGAGAGAGUGAUGUGCAAAACAUCCAGAGGAAGGAGAGACCAGCCAAAGAGGCUGAAUUCAAACCCGUCCUCAGAAAGAAAAAUGGGAAUUUGGCAAUACAUACUGGAACCAACACAGAAACAGAUGGUGAAUUGCCAGUGAUGAGCCAUAGGCCUAAAUGUCCUGUUCCCAAUGUACCUACCACCCUGGACAAAAAGACCAACUGGUCCAAAGCCCUGCCUCUUCCCACGCCAGAAGAGAGAAUAAAGAAUGACUCUCAAGUGAUUUCAUCCUUUAUCAUUCCAAUAAAUGUUUCUGGUGUUGGAUUUGACAGAGAAGCCAGUGCUCGCUGCUCUCUUGUUCACUCACAGUCGGUUCUACAGAGACGCCGGAAACUCAGGAGGCGAAAAACGAUCACUGGCAUCCCCAAACGAGUUCAACAAGACAUGGAUUCUGACGAAUCACCUGUGGCUAGAGAGAGAACAGUGAUCAUCCAUGCCAACCCACACAAGUCAUUGUGGCAUGAGGAGCUCUCUUUGAGUGGCCGAGUAUUGAACACCAAGGACUCUGGCUGUCAGACUGAUGACUUCUUGAUUGCUGCUCCAUCCCGGAGGCGUAUCCGUGCCCAGAGGUGUCAGGGAAUUCCAGCCUCUCUCUCACACUCCACUGGAAACAUCACCUCCCUGCCAGAUCGCUCUGAUGCUGUGUAUGCUGCAGCAUCAGCCACUCGUGUCCGUUCUAGAAGUCUACCACGUGAGGGUGACCGGCUUCUGGAUGAGGACCAAGAUGACAGUGAUGAUGAUGAUGAAGAUGACGAAGAGGAAGAUGAAGAACUGUCUCCGUAUGAAGCUGAGGACUUUUUACCAGGUCCAGGACAGAGAAUUCCCAAGGAUGAGGAGGAGAGCACUGAUGACCAGGCCAUGCCAGAGCUCCAAUUUGGAAGCCUCAAGCACAUGCAGCAUUUGGAGAGCCCUGACCACACAUGGAUUGAGAGAGGCAGAUCUAGACUCCCACGCAAAGUUGACAUGGGGAGCUGUGAGAUUUCCUCCAGCUCUGAUACUUUCAGCAGCCCCAUCCACUCUGCCUCCACUACAGGAGUGCUAGGCAGUCAGAUGGACCAUAAAGAGGAUCACCAGUCAUCAAGCGGCAACUGGAGUGGAAGCAGCUCCACUUGCCCGUCGCAGACGUCUGAAACUCUUCCGCCUGCUGCCUCUCCUCCCCUGACUGGAUCCUCACACUGUGAUUCAGAACUCUCCCUCAAUACUGGAUCCCAUGUCAUUGAUGACAGCACCGGCUUCAUAAUUGAUCCCUACCACAUUGACAAGCCACAAGGACAGGGGCAGCGAUCCAAUUCUUUUACCUCAUCGGCUACUGAUCAGAUGGAUGAUGCAGGGGUCAGUACUGCUAGUGAUGGUGAGUGGAACUGCACCCAGGACCAGCGGGAUCAGCCCUGCCCCCAAGACUUCAGCCCAAAGCAUUCCAGAGAGGAUGAGAGUGGUGUCAGCUGCCCCAGUUAUUCAAGUGGGGAAACUUACGAGAGUUUCAGUGACCAAGCAUCCGCUAGAAAAUCUGAGAUGCACUACAUCGUUGACACUGAAGGAUUUUAUUCCUCCAUGCACUUUGACUGUGGUCUUAAGGGUAGCAGAAGCUACUACAACUAUGCAGCCAUUGACCUUGACUGUGACCCAAGUGGUAAUAUAGCACCUGGCAUGGGUGAAUACACUCAGUCAGAGUAUAGAGCCACCAGGACACUGGGUAGACCGUGUCUCUCCUUAAAAAAACCAAAGGCCAAGCCACCCCCACCAAAACGUAGCUCUUCAUUAAAGGAAACAAGCAGUGGUGUGAACAUUCUAGAACAGGACGAACCAAAGAUUACUUGCGAGUUGCCGCUGCCCUUGUCUUCCAGGGAGAUGAAACUGCAGCUGGACUUGGCUGAUUCUGCAGGGCACCUUGACACUGCAGGUCUUGAGUCACUUGGCGCAUGGGGAGUGGAGAAUGUCAGGGACAUGCUUGACUGCUCCUCUCCAUUCAGUUCCUCAGACAUACAUUCGUUCAAGGAUGAAGGUGCUGUGCAAGCUGACUAUGCAGACCUCUGGCUCCACAAUGACUUGAAAUCAAAUGACCCUUACCGGCCUCUGUCCAACUCUAGCACUGCUACGGGUACAACUGUUAUUGAAUGCAUCAAGUCACCAGAAUGUGCAGAAAUGCAAGCCUGUCAACCCAGGUCCAGACCUAUUUCUCCAACUCUUCCUCCACCUGAAGGUGACUUCAAGCUGGCUUCCCCUGAAAAGUUGGUGAGCUUGGCAUCCCCUUCCAGUGGAUAUUCUAGUCAGUCGGAAACACCUACAUCUUCCUUCCCCUCUGCUUUCUUCCCAGGGCCCCUGUCUCCAACCAGUGGCAAAAGGAAACCCAAAGUCCCUGAAAGGAAGUCCUCACUUUGUUCCCUACAACAGCCACAGCUUUCAGUCCGAGACCCAGGCAUUUCCUCCAGGAGGGAAACUUACUUCCAUGCCAUACCCCCCGGUCACCUUGACCUAAGUGCUCUUCACAGCAAGCACUUUUCUCACAGAAAUCAGAUGCACAUCCUCCACCAGAAUAAGCAGAAAGCUGCCAUAGCUGCGGCUGCGGCUGCAGAAGCUCGCACUGCAGCUGCUGCCGCUGCUGCAGAGGCUCGCACUGCAGCUUCUACUUCAGAGAGUGCAACAAGCACAGUACCCAGCUCAGCACAUUUGGCCAUCACUCCAACUGUUCUUAGAUCAGUCCAACUGCGAUCUAUUUGUAGAUUAGCUGAAGGGAACCAAGGGUAUGAUCUGGUCAGUGCAAAUCCAGUAACUCGUCCCAAGUGUCCCACAGUAAUAAAUGAUGCCCCAUCCUCUAGCAACAGGCACAACAGGAAACCACCAGCCUACAAACCCCCUGCGGCACAGCUCUGUGAAUCACAGGUACCACCAGUGGAAAAUGUUGUUCUUCCACAGGAGGAAGUGAAAGUGAGACAGGAGAGGCUUGGUCCUGGUACUUACUGGGCAAUGACUGCUUUCAGAACUCCUGUAGGCCCUACUCCUGAAAAAGAAGACUCUUCGACAAGGUCAUCUCAAGGUCCUGAGCAAGAACAAGACAGCAGAAAGUACCCAGAUGUGCAACUGACAUUGUCACCAGAGAGACUAAAACAAGAUCUAAAUCAGCUAUCAUGGUCAGACCCUUCAGCACAGCCCAUGUGUUCGGCCAGCACAAUGCCGCCCCCCGCUUACAGUGAAAUACAGAGGAGCAAUUUUGUAUUGUGCAACAGCCCUGACAAAGUGCCUGUUUCAAUUCAAGAGGCAUCGCACACUUACACAAUCAGCGAUGUACAAGGCCGAGAAGAGGAUUAUGAGACAUCAGGUGUCACAACCAGAAGUGCCUCACAGGACAUAAGAGAAGAAGGGUCGACCCCGGACACAGAGGACUACUUCAGCAAAGAAUCAACUCCCAGUGACAAUUCAACCUCUCCUUUGACUGAUGACUCUAAACCUGAUGAUGAUAAUGUUUUCCCAUCCCCCAACAAACUACGCACAACUGAAGAUCUGUUUGCCAUGAUACACAGAUCUAAAAGGAAAGUGCUGGGACGUAAAGACUCGGGGGAGAUGAGUGGAAAAAGUCUGCCUGGAGUAGCACCUGCAACCACCCCAGUCAGCAAUCCUACUGUAUGCCCGGUCACCCCUGCUGCCUCAGUCCCUUCAAACAGCUCUCAGCGAGCCUCAGGACCCAUCUACAGGAGUGCCAAAAAGUCCAGUACAUCCAGUGAGGAGUUCAAACUCCUGCUGCUAAAGAAGGGUAGUCGCUCAGACUCAAGUUACCGCAUGUCUGCUACGGAGAUCCUCAAGAGCCCCAUCACACCCAAGACUCAAGAAGAGCUGCUAUUAGAGGCUGCAAGGCAAACAGAGGAGCCCCCCUUACCCCUUCAGGAGUCCACUAGCAGUGGAGAUCCACUUCCAAGGCAAUUCCCUAAGGCCAACAGUGAAGGAUUCUCCCCAAAAACACUUACCAUGUCAGCUGCCUCCAGACAGGGACGUUCCAGAAUUCCACCUGCUGCAAACAGCAGUCGCUAUAGCACGCGGAGUCGGCUGUACACUGCCCCAAUGCAGGCCAUAUCAGAGGGAGAGACUGAGAACUCAGAUGGAAGUCCACACGAUGAUCGCUCCUCUUAGUGGUAUAAUCAUUUUUUUUAACCACUUAGCAAAAUGAUAAAUCUUUUAUAAUACAAAAACAUUCUAUUUGAACUGUAUGAGAGUGCUGUAUACAUUAUGAUCUAUCUUAGUUUUAACCCCUGAUGUUUGUGAUUUGAAAAAACACAUUGAUUUCUUUAAGCUCCUUUUGUAUUACCUUUUAUCAUUGAGAGCUAUGAUUUUCACCAUAAUCCCACACUUUUAUGCUCACAAAAUGAGAAGGUGAAAUUAGUUCUUCAACAAGGUAUUGAAAGGUAACUUUUUAAUAUAGAAAAUUCUAUUUCCAUCAUCCAUCACAAAUUUACACACAUAUGUGGAUGCUUCUCUAAGGACAAUCGCACCAUGGCCAUUCUUAGCAGGGUGUGCAAGGGGAAAGAUUUCUGAGAAAAAGAAAGCUAGAACUGUUAUGAACAUGGUUCUAGUAGACUGGUUUGCAAAACCAUCAGUUCUUUUGCACUUCAUUUGGGUAAUUAUACCUUGAAAUAUACAACCUGGAUGUACUGUUAAAUAACAAGGCAAGCGGACAAAGUUAUCCAGUUUUAGUUUAGUGAAAUGUAAUGGAACGUACAGUAUGUGUGUUUUUCAGAAUCUUCAUGCUGUCUGAAUCUCAAACUGUCAAACAGCAUUCCAACAACUGUUAUGAAAACUAAUUGAAUCCUUUUUACCCGUGUUUAGUUUGCCUUUUCUUCAAAGACCCAAAUUGGGUUGUGUAUUUUUGUCACAAUUUUCAGGUGUCAUCAUGUAUAUUUACUUAACCAACCAACAUGGAAGAUUUUUGUGACUGCAGAAGAAAUGAGGACCUCAGUCUCAAUGUAUUCUGUGAAUACCCUUAAAAUCAAGUGUACUGUUCAUUUGAAGAAGAAUGGAUUCACUUUUAAAGUGAAACUCCUCAGAGUUGGAGGUCUUCUCUGAGUUCAAAACUCAUAGGAAUUAGCUAGAUUUGUCAAGCCUACACUGUGCCACUGAAUGGAAGGUGACAUGCUGUGAAAAGAUCGAUUUGUGGUCAUCCGUCUCU